CUAGAAACGUGGUCACAUCAGAGCGAUGACUUCCGGCGGAAGAAGAAGCAGGUUCCGAAUUUUAGCCGAUCGCUUUAGAGGAGUGGGCUCCGAUGGCUCCAUCAAGUUUGCUGAUCUGAAUAUUCUUGUUCAGUGGAUGAUGGCAUUUGAUCAGAUUCCAAAAAAGGAUUGGUACAGCAUUCUGGGAGCAAGCCCAUCUGCAAGUAUGUCAGACUUAAAACAAAAGUAUCAGAAACUCAUAUUAAUGUAUCAUCCAGAUAAACAAAGUGCAGAUGUGCCAGCAGGAACAGUGGAGGAAUGUAUACGAAAGUUCAUCGAAAUUGAUCAGGCAUGGAAAAUUCUAGGGAAUGAAGAGACAAAAAAAGAGUAUGACCUGCAGCGGCAUGUUGCAGGCAUUCACACAACGGAACAAAGGGAAGCAUUCUCAGCAAGUGAACAAGAGACUAGUGAGACAGAAGACAAUCUAAGAAAUAUGGGACCAGUAGAUGCUCAAGUAUAUCUUGAAGAAAUGUCUUGGAAUGAAGAUGAUCACUCUUUUUCUGUGAGUUGCCGUUGUGGUGGAGAAUACAGUGUUUCCAAGGAGGAAGCAGAAGAAGUUACUCUGAUUUCUUGUGAUACCUGUUCACUAAUUAUAGAACUCCUUCAUUAUAGCUGAAAUUGUUCACCAAGUAGAAUCCUUUAACUGUGUAUUCAGAUACACUGAAGAGAGUCCAUUCUAACUGUGUCCAUUCAAGCAACUGUAUAAAGCUGAUAAAAAAGAAAAAAGAAAAAAGAAAAAUGUGGUAGGAUCAUUUUUUUUUGGUCAGCUCUGUUAUUUGCAGAGAAAUAAGACUGUCAAGCAACGUCUACUCCAGAUUAAUAGAAAAUUAAUUUAGCUAUAUGUGUUUAUAUUUAUAGAUUGCCAAAAAAUGGAUUAGAAUUAUAAAUUAUAUUUAGUGAAUUCCUAUUGAGUACUUUAUUAUUAAUUUCCUUAAAUAAGCAUGUCUCUUCUUUUAAAGGGUCAGAGUAUCAUCAUAUUCAUUUAUAGUUACUAAGCUUCUGAAGUAACAUAUUUCUAGCUGCCAGAGUUAUAGGCCUAUUUGACAACUGCCUCAGAAAUCUAAGGUCAUUAAAAUCAAAUUAGAAUCUCUGCAAAUAACAUGUGAUUUUAGUUCUCCCAUAAUGUAGGCUGAAUAUGGGUAUUCAUGAGGUUAUUUCAAAGUUAAUAAAGAAGGCAAAGUGGCAACUGCAGGAAAAAGGAUAGCUUUGGAGUCAGAAGACUUAACUUCAGUCCUGGCACUAGAGUUCCAAAUUCUUCAUGUAGCUAUAUUAAAGGGAGCAAGCUUCUUGAACACUGCCAUCUUCAAUUUUAGAUAUAAUUAGGAAAUAGUAGCUUUAAGAAAAAAAAUUGAAACACAUGCAUUACUUUCCUUUUUAUUUCAGAGUACUGUGAUAUAGUAUUAAUGCCUGUAUUUAGGAAUAAGGAACCACUGCAUUGCUGGUAUGAUGAAAUGGACUUUUAUAAUGUAUUAUUAUUGACUACAGUAGACUGUAAAGAUUUUAUUUUUUUAUAUAUUUAAUAUUCUAUGUAUAGUAUAAGUCAGCACUCACUUUAAAAACUCAUUUAAAAAGGAAUCCUUUAGGGCAUCACUGAAACUUUCUCACUCAGUUCAUUCAAUUCUCACUCAUUCAAAGAGUGAGCCAAGCGUGCGACUUAGUAGCUUUUUAUUAAGUUGAAUUCUUGUUGGUUUGGACUUAUACAACUAGUUUCUACUCUGACUUGUAAAUGUAGCUAAAGUAUGAAGCAUAUCCAUGAGAUUACUUUUUCAUUAUAUCUAUAAAACCAAAAAUUCAAAAGUAAGGUUGUCAUCCAGGUUUUUCCUCUAAAAAUAUUUUUAUAUCUAGCAUAAAAUUUAGAUAACUUAUUUUUAUCCACAUAUCUUGAAUUAAUAUAGCUUGCAGAUUAUUUGUUAUUCCUCUUUACAUUUAACAAUUUAAAAGUAACAAAUUGAAUAGCAAAUAGUUUAUUUGUAAAUACAUGGUUUCAGUGGCAAUAACAAAUUCAUCUGAACAGGAAACAAUUAUCAAAAGAAUAAAUGCUUGCUAAUCAUCAGAAAAUCUGUGACUAUUAGGGCUAUCACGUAGAAAUCCAAAAUCACUCAGAGGCCAAAUCUGUAAAAUCAAAAUGUGAUUGAAGACAAUUAAUGAAAGUGAUGUUAUAUGAUCAUCAUAUUCCUUUUUUUUAUCAUUCAUCUCCUUUCUCUAUGACAUAUAAAUACUUUCUCCUUAUUCUUCAGUCAAGAACAAAAUUUCUACAUCAAAAUAAGACUUUAGAAAGUAAACUUUCAUGUGUGUAUGUAUUUAAACUCUAAAGUUUGGAACAUUCAAAUAUACAAGAAAUUGCAUGUCAUGUGAAUACAGUUGACCUUUGAAAAACACAGGUUUGAAGUACAUGAGUCCACAUAUAUGAAGAUUUUUUUCAAUAAAUAUACAGUUGGCCCUCCAUAUACCCGGGUUCUCAUCCAUGGAUGCAGAGGGCCAACUGUAUGCACUGUUCUGUGCCAUUUUAUACAAGAGACUUGAGCAGUCACAGAUUUUGGUAUCUUUUGGGAUUCCUGGAACCAAUACCCAACACCAUAGAUGAGUUUUGGGGAAGUUGAAAGUUAUUAGUGGACUUGGAACUGCACGGCGAGGUCAGUGACCCUACCCCCUGUGUUGUUUAAGGGUCUACUGUAUACAUGUGUAAUGUGUGUAUGUGUGUGUGUAUGUGUGUGUGUGUUCUUUAACUACCCUCAAAGUUAACCAAUCCUAAGUACUUGAAUAUGUGCUAAAGUGUAAAGAAUUCUGUAAUUUAUCCAACAGCUCCAAGUGUUAUAUGUUUUUCUCCUUACUGAUUGUGACAAAACAGGAACCAUGGAGAACAAUAAUCUUUCCUAAGAAUCGUAUAUUUACUACAACCAUGAUAAGUCCAUUACUCACUGCACUUAACUGAGAUAUCCCUGCAUUAUACAGGUAGUUUGAACCUAGACUGAUCUUCUACAAAUGCAUAUUAACAUAUUCCCAGGAUAUGAACAUGGUUAUAAAAGUUGUAUGAGAGAAAUUUUUGGAGAUUCAAAAUAAAGGUUUCUUACUAUAUAA